AUGACUGCAAGCGUUCCCGGUGCAGACAAUGUAGAACAGUUCUGGCGAGUUCUGGAGCAGGGGGAGAAUCAUGUGGUGGAGAUCCCAAAGGAGCGCUGGAAUAACGACGCCUUCUUUGACACAGACGUCCACGCUGUGGGAAAGUCGUACGUCAAAAGAGCUGGUCUUCUCAAGGAUCCGAAGGCGUUCGACAACAAACUGUUCAACAUCAACGAUUUUGAGGCGGAUCAGAUGGAUCCACAGCAACGCUUUGUGCUGGAGUGCUGCUUCAUGGCCAUGGAGGAUGCUGGCAUUACGAGGGAGCAGCUGGCGGGUUCCAACACAGGGGUUUACGUUGGAGCUAUGAACGGCGACUACCGGGCUUUGUUCACCGCUAAAUCUCCAAUCGUGGGCAACUACACAGUGACUGGCAUCUCCAACAGCAUAAUUUCUGCCCGUGUGUCCUUCACCUUCGACCUUCGAGGUCCUUCCAUGACCCUAGAUACAGCUUGCUCCUCUGCCCUGGUUGCCAUUCACGUGGGUGCCCAAGCCCUUAGAACAGGUGACUGUGACCUUGCCCUGUGCGGUGGAACUAAUUUCCUCAUGUCUCCCGACGUGUUCGUUCAUCUGAGCAAAGCCCACAUGGUGUCACCCACCGGCCAGUGUUUCGCCUUCUCCGACAGCGCGGACGGAUACACGAGAGGGGAGGGCUGCGGAAUGGUCAUCCUGAAAAGGCUCAAAGACGCGCUCCGCGACGGUGACCACAUCUGGGCUACAAUAGAGACAGGCUCCAACCAAGACGGUCACUCGGUGACACCAAUCUCCGCCCCAUCCGGCGAUCAACAGCUCCGCCUUCUGGAGACUGUGUAUCAGGACGCAGCCAUGGAUUUGGAAGGCAUAGAUUAUAUCGAGGCUCACGGUACUGGGACAUCGGCUGGUGAUCCUGUAGAAGCGAAAGCGCUGGGCACAUUCUUCCGCUCUAAGGGAACUACGAGGCAGCGCUAUAUCGGCUCCGUGAAAACAAACGUUGGCCAUCUGGAAUCGGCAGCUGGGACGGCAGGCCUCAUCAAGGUUCUGCUAAUGAUGAAACACUCCAAAAUAGCACCGUCACUCUUCUUCGACAGACCCAAUCCCAAGAUUGACUUCCCGGACCUAAAUCUUCAAGUCCCAACAAAGGCUAUGGACUGGCCCCGUCGUAACAAGAUUGCGUGCGUAAACUCUUUUGGGUUUGGGGGGACAAAUUGUCACGCCGUGGUCAAAGCGUUUGUCGAGCACGAUCUAAUGAGACGAUCGAGCCAAAGCGAGGUUCUAAGCAUUCCAUGUAUUGUCUGUUUCUCAGCUAAACAUGAGAAGUCGUUGAAAGGAAGUAUAGAAGACUUCGUGCAGCACCCAGAGGUAAGCUCUCUCGAUGUUCACGAUGUUUCCUAUACCUCCACAGUGCGGCGAGAUCAUUACAAUAUCAGGUUUGCAUGUGUGAUUGAAGACAUGUCUGAACUGUUGUCAAAGCUCAAUGAUCACAUUCAGAAGGGGGAGAAAGGGAUUGUUGCAAACAGAAGAGCGAAAGCGGUAUUUGUUUUUUGUGGGAUGGGCACAACCUGGAAGGGUAUGUGUAAAGAGAUGCUGGAUGAGAGCUCUGCCUUCAGGGAUGCAAUAGUUCAGAUUGAUGAAUAUCUGUGUGAGUACGUUUCAUGGUCUCUGAUUACACGAUUUGAGCAGGAAAGCUAUUUCGACGACCCGGAAUUUUCCCCCAUUGCAAUCUUUGCAUGUCAGGUAGGUCUUGGCCGGGUGUGGGCAUCUUUGGGAGUGACCCCAGCGUGUGUGGUAGGUCAGUCAGUGGGGGAAGUGGCAGCGGCCUUUUUUGCCGGAAUUCUCUCUCUACGAGACGCUGUCAAAAUUGUGUACUUCCGCACUACAUUGAUGGCCAAGGUUAUUGGCGGCAAGAUGGUCAUCGUCAGAAACAUGCUGGUGUCAAAGGUCAAGGAAGUUGUCAAAAACUUUCAAGGGCUAGCCAACGUUUCGCUGGAGUACAGCCCUGUUGCAUGCGCUGUAAGUGGAAACAACAACAUUAUCACACAAGUCAAGCAAGAGCUUCAGUCCAAAGCCAGGUCUAUCGGCGCCCAGAUACAGUUGAUCGAUCUCCAGGUGCCAGUGGCCUAUCACAGCCACCAUGUGGAUGGUUGUAAGGAGGACCUGAAACAAGCUCUAUCGGACAUCACUCCAAACCCACCUGAUGUUGAUAUGAUCUCUUCAGUGUUGGCCGAACCGGUCAUGGGUCCACUGGACGCUGAUUACUGGGUUAGCAACAUGAGAGAACCUGUGCGUUUCUACGAAGCUGUACAGAAAACUGUGACCAAAGGUUCCAAAAACGUGUACAUUGAGAUUGGUCCGAAACCUGUUCUCAGGGCACAUUCGGGCGACAUCUUCCCACAGGACAUCGUGGUGCCUAUUGUCUCUAUGUACAAACAGCCAGAGUGGAAGAUUUUCUUGCAAGCUGUGGUGAGUCUCUAUGAACAAGGCUUCAACAUAAAGUGGAAGAAUCUUCCCACAAAAGGCACAGUUGUGACGUGUAUUCCACGCUACAGCUUCAACCCUCGGAGGGUUCUCCAGUUAUGCGAGUCAGCGCACAUGAUUCUGUCUGGUGUGCACUACAUGAGAAAAGAGCACCCUUUUGUAUACAAAGUGGACACAACCAAUGAGUUCAAGACAAUCAUAACUGCCCUGACAUUUCCCUCCGUGUAUGACCACAUCGUCUCUGGUAUGCUUAUCAUUCCUGGGGCUUUGUACGCAGAGAUUGGCUUUGCGGUCGCGAUGCACAAUGACAGCAUGGAUGCACCUCUCUACUCAGUGUCGGUGCGGUUUGAACAGCCUUGUUCCUUUUCCAGAGAUGGUGCUGUUGAACUGGACAUUGAAGUGAAGCCUUCACCCGCCAAAGGAGUCGGCGUAGAGAAAUACCAGAGCUACAAGCUGGCAGCUGUACAGGGGAAUAAGACUUUUGCCAACAUCCACUUGCAGGCCCACAACAUGCCGAAGCACUCACCUGCUAUCAACAUCCGACACAUAGAAGCACGCUGUACACAGAUGGUGAAGCGAGAAGAAAUCUAUGAUUCCCUCAAAAGUUUUGGCUUCACUUACGGUCCUGGCUACUCUCUGCUCAUGUACGCCCUGAAAAGUUCACAAGAAUGUCUGGCCAAGAUUUUUGUCCCCAGGGCCAUGUUCAUGGAAAUCGGUGGAACAACAAUCCACCCAUCUAUCCUGGAUGGCAUGGUACAGACGUCAGUGUUGCUGAUGAACACAAUGGAUGAAGCUCGGGAUUUGUUGCCUAGGUCAAUAGGAAAGCUCACAUGCUAUCGGCCAACCGAAGAGGAAAUGUAUAUCUACACCACUCUCAAGUGCUCGGACAGAACUUUGACUCUCUACGACAUCAAACUCACAACGCUGUGGGGCGAAGUCAUUGCUGAUCUGGAGGACUUGGCCAUCAAAUCUCUGACCGAUAAAUCGGAUGCGGUUCAAGACAUGUACAGAUGCUACUGGAAGCUUCAGAAAUCGAAUUACACCGGUGAGGAAACAAAGGAGCCGAAAGCGCUCUACGUCACGGACAGUGUACCUGAAGGCACACCGACAGCGCUCAUGAAGAGAUGUCUCGUUUAUGAUCCCCAGGAACAGACUUCAGACUACCUUCAGAACACGUUGGACACAAUGCUCAAAAACACAGCAGAACCGUUUGAACUCAUCAUAUUUCUUCCGAAUUUGAAGAUGGAUGACUCUGAAGAUGCUUAUGAUGUGCACACAAAGAUUUUGAAUUCUUGUAUGUUGCUCAAGUUCUUGUAUAAAUAUGCCUUUGACAAAUCGCUCACCAUCCCCUUGUGUUUGUUCACACAAAGAGCCUUUCUCCCCGAAGACGUUACAACAGAAACAGAGAAUGUUAACCCUCUCAUGACAGCUCUGUGGGGAAUGACCCGAUGUGUGCUGAAGGAACAAAUCUACACAAACUUCGCGAGCGUCGACCUUCACCUGCCCGAAGGAAAGCUCUGUCUAGACUUUGUCACAUCAAUUACCGACUUGAUCCUCAGUGACGAGGCUCUCAAGGGCUACCCUGAGUUCAUGGUCACGGAGAAAGACAUUUUCGUGAACCAGUUCAUUGCUGUGGAACCGGACACCGUAGUACCAACUUUUCGCCACAACUUUGCUGACACGUCGCAGAAUGUAAUAUUUUUGAGCCGCGAGCCAUCUGUUCUAACGGACAGUUUUGCUGUUUAUCACAAACCCCAAGAGAAGGUAGAGCAAGCUUCAUACAUCAGCAUUGAUGUGUCCACAACAGCCUUCCAGAGCCCCCUGUUGUAUAACAUGACCAUGCUCUAUAGUACAAUGGAAAAGAGGAUAUCGCAGAAAGGAAAUGGGUAUCCGUUGUUUGCUCUUGAGAACAUAGGCACCGGCAAUGCUCCAGUGAACGGUAAAAAACAAACUGACCACAAGGUGCCUCUCAUUUCGUGCUAUCCAGUUCCUACGGGAACCAAAAUAAAAGUCCCUGCCUCCACCACAGUUACUGCAGACAUGAUUCCGGACUACGUGCCCGGAGAUCUCUCCAGGCUUGUUUUGUUGUGGUGUCUUCAAGACCUGGUUCUCACGCCAACUGCAACAAUCUUGGCUUCCUCUGCAACUGCGAAAUUUGGAGAAGCUUUGCUGUGCAUGCUGAUGAGCCGAAGGAAACCAAAACCUGUGCAAAUGAACUUGGUGGUUGUUGAAGAACUCAAUAAUGUUGAGUCCAUGGGAGAAACUGUGGUAUCUUUGGUCCUCACAGAAGAGACCGUUGUUCCGAUUCUGGCGAAAAGAUGGCCAAUGGCAAAACACUUCAUAACGGUCUCCUCUUUGCUACAAGAUUCAGCGCGAGCUCCGAUUGCCUUCUUCCUGCCAAGCGUUCAGGUCGAUCUACUUGACACGAACAUGGUGUUCCACCCCCAGAAUCUUGCUUCUACGGUACCCAAAGUGAAGAAGUGGAUGAGAAAGCAUGCAUCUUUGAUGAACAGGGUGGCAGGCUGUCUUCAUAAAGCACCAAGCUCAUAUCCUGUGUUCAAAACAGCCGUUUCUGAUCUAGAUGAACUGUUAGAAGUGCAGAUCAUCCAAAUGAAGAGUCCAUUGGUGCGUAUGGAGAAAUCAGAGCUGUUCCGCCAGGAUGCCAUUUACAUAGUGGUCGGUGGCCUCACAGGGCUCGGUUGGCUCUUUGUUAAAUUUUUGUCUAGCAACGGGGCAGGAAACAUUGCUAUUUUGAACAGGAGACAGGCUUCAGCGGAACAAAACAAGGACAUCGAAGAUCUGAUAACAGCCGAAGAUUGCAAUAUCAAGGCUUUCCAAGGGGAUGUCACUAACCUGGAUUCUCUGAAAACAUCUUUCAAAAACAUGCUUAAUUCGUUCCGUGGCUCCGUGAUAAAGGGGGUCUUUUUCGGUGCAGCUGUUGUGAACGAUCAACUCCUUGUUGAUGUUGAUCCAAAAACAUUCUCAAAGGUCCUGGCACCGAAAGUGAUGGGUGUAUGGAACUUGCAUCAGCUAACAAAAGAUCUUCCCCUAGACUAUUUCAUAAUGCAUUCCUCUAUCACCUCUGCCCUCGGUAAUGCUGGGCAAGCCAACUACGGAGCUGGUAAUGCUUUCAUGGACGGCAUUGCUCACUAUCGCAGACACAAGAAACUCUCUGGGCAAAGUAUCAACUGGGGAGCCCUGGAUACAGGAAUCCUUAGCAACUAUACAGAAGCCAAGAAGUUUCUGGAAAACCAAGGUUUCAUACUCAUGACAGAGGAGGACAUCACAGCUGUGAUCAUUCCCAUUUUGUUAUUAGACUGGGCACAGAUUGUUCCUUGUACUUUCGACGAGGAAAUUCUUGUCAAACGUGUGAAAAGAGACAUGCUCGUGCCUUUUCAGUACAGGCUUAUGUCAAUGCUCGGGUCUGCAACAGAAGAAGUGAAAAUUGAGGAGGAUAUUCUGCUCGCUCUGAAAACAGCACGCGAAUUGCCUCCAGACCAGCGAGUGGAUGUUUACGAGCGAUACGUCACAGCUUUGGCUACCCAGGUUCUUAGCGCCGAGGAUGGAACCAUCAAGACAGAUACCAGCCUCAUUGACAUUGGGAUGGACUCCAUCGUUGGCAUGACGAUGAUCAACCAGAUCUACAAGGAACUUCACUGCAGACUACCUGCUAUUGUCUUUAUCACCAAUGACCCCACCGUUCGCUCGAUUGCCCAGGCGAUUGAUGAUGUCUUGUCAGGAAAGAUGGCGGAAGGUUCCGAAUUCGGCCCUGACAUGGAACAGUUGGCCAUAGCUGCAGCGGAAAAUGAAAGUGGUGAUGCCCCAAUGAAGAAGGAAGAGGUACCCGCACUGCCUGCACCCCCUGAAAAGGUGAAAAGUUUCACAGCAUCAGUGGUUGAGUCGAGCCAACUGGUGAUAUACAAACGCCAUCCGAGGAAGUCGUACCUACACGGGAUUGUUGAUGUGGAGCUUCCCAAAGCGCGCCAAGAUCCCGAAGCGCUAAAACUUGCAAUCAUUAAAGUCUUGGAGAUGCACCCAGCUGCUUGUUUUGCCUUUAAAGAAGACAGUUCUAAGAGAAAUACCAUUUUCAACUUUGAAAAGAAAAUUCUCUCACCUGAAGAAGCUAUGGACUUCCGUGUGAUGCCUUCUACCGAGGAGAAUCUGCAGCAGUAUUGUGAAGAAGUUUUUGAGUUCAAAGGAAAGGGACCUAUGAGGUUUAUCAUGCGACAAGGGAACCGAGCUCUGGUAAGAAUCGUUUUCCACAAAGCAGUCUUCGAUUUUCGAUCGGUGCACUCAUUUGUGAAAGACUUGUCCGCCAUCCUUCAUUCCGAGGAUAACAAACCCCCAACUGAGAAGAUUCAACCAGACAAAUAUAUCAUCCGACAAGAUGACCUGAGCACUGAACUGAACAAAGUGUAUAAGUCAAAAUCGGAAGCUCUAACCCAUUUUUGGGCAAAAACAUUAAACCACGACGUUGGAAACACUUCUCUGAAGGCUCAUAAGAUACAGUAUCCUCCAAAACCACUGGAAGCAACGAAUGCUGCGCAGCGCAUUCUGCUUUCGCCUGACCUCACUCGUAAACUCACGGCCUUUAUACGCACCCACAAAGUUUCACUCUUGGGCAUAGUGGCCAGCUGCUACCAGAUUCUUCUUCACGUCCUCACUGGAAAAUCAACAUUAAGCCUGAUCUUCCCCGUGGACCUCCGACGCUUCAACAAGGACAUUAGCGGGAAUGUUGGGAACUUUUCCAACGAGAUUCCUCUGCCUGUGACACUUGAUUCCACCACUAAACUUACCCUCGUUGAGUUUAUAGUGGCCAACAACAACAAGGUACAGCAACACAUUGACCAUGGAAUGCUACCUUUCACUUACUUUCAAAGUCUGGCCGAGAGAGUGAUGGAGGUGUUUCAUCAGAGCCCACACGGUAUCUGCAUUGAAAUGACAUCGCCAGAGAAUAUUCAAUAUGUGAUGAGCAAAACAACUCACCAGCCUCCUGUGCUUCCUAUUGGUAUGGAGACAAACUUGUUUGUACAGCACCACUUGCACUCAGGGAUUGUCUCCCUCGAUCUGGGCUACAAAACGUGCCUCAUGAGUGGAGCAAAAGCGGAAGUCCUCCUGAAAAACAUGGCGGCUCUCCUUACUUGCGUAGUGGACAAGCCCAAACUGCAAUUGGGAAACAUGAAAAAAUAUACCGACGACCUGGACACUAAUUUUGAUACAAAAGGAUCAUGCACCAUUUUGUAGAAAACAAAACAAAAUAAGACAAACUAACAAAAAAAGAGAAAGAAGGAUAGAAAGAAAAUAAAAAGACAGAAAGAUGAAAAGACCCCCCAAAAAAUCAUCAAACGUAAAAAAAAUGAAGGGGGGUUGGGGUGGGGUCGUUAUCUACAAGAGAGUAUUCAAUAAACCAAGAAUGAAGGCAGAGCUGAAUAUCCUCUAUUAGAACUUCGGUUAUGUUGCUUGUUUCUGGAAUAUCAAAUGCACUCACGUUAAAGCUUGACUGAGAUAUUCCUUCGCAGAUGUUUUCUCCCUUUCCAGUACAGAUAUCAAAAUCGUCAAGUGGGUUUUUUAAUUUUUAAAAAUUGCUCUUAAGUUCAUAUCUCUUUGAUGAACCCCAAAAAUGAAGACUUGGUGGGGUUCUGUUUCUGUAUUUUGUUCUGUCCUCUUGUACCGUAAGGUGUCGAUUAGAUUUGGCAGGGUGCAUGUUCCCGUUUAACACAUCAUUGAAAAGUGAGUUGAGCGAGUUCAUGUCUAUAUCUUAAUACUUAUAACUGAUAUGUGAAUGGCACUUAGAGAUAGCGGUGUAGUAACAGACUCAAGUGCAAUGUGUCUCCUUGGGAACUAAACUGGGAUGAGGAAAAGAACCCAUCUGACUGCCAAGGGAAUUAUUAUAAAGUCACAAUGAGUCUUUAGCGGGCGCAGCUAGAAACGUUAUCUCUAUAUACUAUUUAUGUAAGUUUAGACUCCAAGAUUUAUGCACAAGCUCUUUUCACAAUUUACUACUGCCCCUCCCGGAGAAGAAUGAGUUUUAUAAAUUCAUAAAAUGUGAAUGUUGUUGAAAAUUCGAGCAUAUGAUUACUCAUCACACAGGAUUGUGUGUACAGCUUUCGUUCCUGUUGCUCUAGCAGCACAGUCUUGUAGUGGUUCGUAAGCGGAAUAGUCAUCAGUUCGAAAGAUAAGUUUUAUUAUGCGGAAUGCUACAUUCGUUUUCUUUCAUCGAAAAAUGUUGGUUAUGAUAUACAUAUACUUUGCUUCUUACUUUAUCUUGCAGUGUACCGUACGCUUAAGGGACUUGAGUCGCCGAUAGGAAGUAAAGCCUAUAAAGAUCAUACUAUCAAUGUGAACUCUUGUUAUCAUUGUAAUGACAUAGGUUUUUGUCAGUGACUGACUAAGUUAUACUGGUGAAGACAAUGGUUUUGGUGCAUGAAUAACAAUGAUUGUUUACAGGGACAAGAGGGCGAGACAUGGUGUAUAAAACAGCUGGUUUUGGGUGUGUGUUUACCAACAAUGUUUACAAUACAUGUAUUAUUCCCCCCUUCCCCGUUGUUUAAGCUUAUGUAUGAUGCACAAACAAUCUCUUUGUCCUGAGUUCAAAUACGUUUACAUGUCCAUGUAACCAACGUCUGUUUUCUUUUCUCUUUAAAAAAAUUCCUUUUCGACUUGUUUUUUUUUUAUAUUCCUGCCAUGUUUCUACAAUGUUGAACCUUAGAUUGCUGUCAGUUCCUAUUGAUGAGCACUUCACGGACUCUGUAUACAGUGAACUUGGCGGUAGAUGUAUAUUUGACGACCCAAUCUUAAAAUAAAUUUAAGACGUCAUUUUUACAUAACAUUACAACGACCCAUAUUAUGUGGUCCCGUUAAAAAGAAGGGGGGUGGGGAGGGGGAUGUGCGUAGUAAGUCUAGUUAGUUCCGAAUGGAGAGCUUUACUAGACUAUUACCUUCUUUAUUUUCAUGAGAUUUAAUAUAAUGUUUAGGGGAUGUGUUGAAAACUUUGUUUUUGUUGAUCCCCCUUCUGUUGCACUGUAUAUUAGAAGGACAGUUGGGUAUUGUUCAAAUGAUUUUUUAAAAAAAAGGAUAAAUGGUUUGAAGUUUGUUCGUUUUGUUUUGUUUUCUUUUAUAAUUGUGUCCAUAAUUCUUGUAAAGCCUACUCUGCAGCUCCACGACAGAAUCUCUUAUUUCGUAGUACUGUCAAAGAAUGUAUAAUAUUCACAAAAUAACCCACCUUUCUAUGUGAUACAAAAAAAAAAGAAAGAAAAGAAAGAACCCCCCCCCCCCCCCACCUUUCUCAAAACAACAGCAUCAAAAAGAUUACAAUUAACGCUCUCAAUAGUACUGGUACCGACAUCUAUUAUUAUUAUUGUUGCUCACAGGAUACUACAUUGUUUAUACUGAAGGGCUUACCUGGGGCAAAAACAACAGGAAUAAGAGCAAAGAUGGUGCUUAAUGCCCUGUAUUCAAGAAGCAAAAUUAUUACCACCGGUCUUCAUCAGCACCCUUGACAGCCCAUCUAUUUGACAGCCUAUUUUUUUAGCGUUCGAACCAUCUUGCAGUAUACAAUUUUGGGUCUCUGAUAUAGCUCUGAAGUAAAUAGGUAGUUAUCCCUUGAUAUAAUUAUUACAAUUGUUGGCUCACAUAUUGCAUAACCAAGAUAUCAUGAAUUAUAUUAGCCUGCGUGUAGGCAUAUACAUUGUCUAGCACGCCCAUAGCGAAAUCGGUAGAACGCGGAAGUCGUUUCAUUAUGCACGAAUUGUCUUGUGUAUGCGUUUUAAAUACGAAAAAUAUACUCGUGUAAAAGAAAAAAUUCCGGCCUUUAAAAUCUAUUCGUUUUGUGUGUGCAUUUCGCUAUGUGCGUAUAUAUGAUAUGUGACAACAUAUAAACUGAUAUGAAAACAAGCAUUGAUGUGGUACAAUUGAAGUCGCAAAGUAACAUGCAAAUGUUUAUGUUUGUGGCUCAUACUUGCUAUCUAACAUUGUUUUUAUUUGUUUGCAUUGGUGUCAUCUUUACCCACUCUUGUGCGUUUUAUUAUUUUUUAUUCUUGUGAAUGUACGACAAUACACAAAAUUGGCCGUACAACUAAUUUUUAUGAGUUCUCAUUGUAUCACAUUUUUUAAAGAUUAAUUUCUUUUAUCUCUGUUGUUCAUUCAUUUUCGUUUUUGUAAAUGACCCAUCCUAAGUGUCAAACUUACAGUAAAUGAGGAAUUAUAUACUGUCGUUUGAAUUGAAAACAUAAGAACGAACAAACUCACAUUUCGUUGCAAAUUGGGAAGAAAAUUCCAACUUUUUCUGUUCAAAUUGUCCAGUCUCAUUAUGUUUGCGUAUUCAUUGAAUACAAAGACACAAUAGAAACCCAAGACAGAAAUAUAUUAAAGGGAAUUUUCAUUUGAUUCGAA